AUGGCGCCCUCAGCGUUGCCACAGAAGCGCGCGUUUGGCGAGGCAACAAGCGCCCUCAGCAACAUUCACAAUCUUCCCGCCGCUUCUUCAGAUUCAACCAAGAAAAGACGCCUCGACGAUGUUCCUCCCUCGUCCCGCUUCCGAACUUUCAAGAAUGACGGCAAGGGCAGGAUACCCUCCACGCAACCUAAGAGCGCCUUCGAGAGCGAGGUGCUUGAACGCAUGAGCCAGGACAUUUCCGACCUGAAACAGAACAACUCGGAAAAGGAUCAGGCUUGGGAACGCCCGCCACUACCAGCGACCUACAACCCAGCAACAGACAGUCUCUGCUUUCAGUCCAUCGAGGCCGAAGAGGGAUUCCUCCACGGCGGUCAGGCGACCAUUAAGCUGUUCGGUGUUACUGAGAAUGGAAACUCGGUUCUCCUCCAUGUCAAAGACUUCAAGCAUUACCUCUAUGUCCAAGCCCCCGUAUCGUUUGGUCCCGAUGAUUGCCCCAAGUACAGAACAUUCCUCGAAACCCAGCUCGCCAUGCCCACCCCGGCCAUCCACUCGGUCUCCCUGACGAUGCGCGAGAACAUGUACGGCUUUCAAGGCAACACGCAAAACCCUUAUAUCAAGGUCACCGUCAACGAUCCCAAGUUUCUCCCCAGAGUCCGAAGAUUGAUCGAAACGAACAAGGCAAACUGGAAGGGCAUGUGGAAGAGCGAUGGGUCCAUCAUGACUUUUGAUGAUAUUCAGUACCUGCUUCGGUUCAUGGUCGACUGCUCGAUUGCUGGUAUGUCUUGGGUAGAGGCUCCCGCAGGCAGCUAUCAGCUUGUCACCGAUAAACACUCCAACUGCCAAAUCGAAGCCGAGAUGAGCUACCGUGAUUUAAUAGCACACAAGCCGACUGGUGAAUGGUCUAAGAUGGCCCCUCUGCGAAUUCUCUCCUUCGAUAUCGAGUGCGCUGGCCGCAAGGGUAUCUUUCCCGAACCGCAACACGAUUCCGUCAUCCAGAUCGCCAACAUUGUCACAAAGUACGGAGAGAAGAAGCCAUUUGUUCGGAAUGUGUUCUGUCUCGACACGACUAGCUCGAUUGUGGCUACCCAGAUUCUGUCUUUUGACAGGGAAGAGGACAUGCUUCGCGAAUGGCGCAACUUCCUAGAACAGGUCGAUCCGGAUAUCAUCAUCGGUUACAACAUUGCCAACUUCGAUUUCCCCAAGCAGAUGGGCAAUCGCGACACCAAGGCUACAAAUACCAACGGACGUCUUCAGCUAGACAUGCUACAAUUGGUACAACGCGACUAUCAGCUGAGAAGUUAUACCCUUAACGCUGUCUGCUCAAACUUCCUAGGAGAGCAGAAGGAAGAUGUGCAUCAUUCUAUGAUCACGGAAUUGUUCGAAGGCACACCGGAAUCCAGGCGACGUCUUGCACUUUACUGCUUGAAGGAUGCGUAUCUACCGCAGAGGUUGAUGGACAAGCUAUCAUGUCUAGAAAACUACACCGAAAUGGCAAGAGUCACGGGUGUGCCGUUCAACUUCCUCUUGGCCAGAGGUCAGCAAGUCAAGUUCUUGAGUCAGCUAUUCCGCAAGGCUUUGGAGCAGAAGCUGGUCAUUCCCAAUCUGCGUCCCGAGUCCUCGGAAGAGCAGUACGAAGGUGCUACUGUCAUUGAGCCCACAAGGGGCUACUACGAUGUGCCCAUUGCCACUCUCGAUUUCGCUUCACUGUAUCCCAGUAUCAUGCAGGCACACAACCUCUGCUACACGACUCUCAUCAAAAAGCGGGAUAUCGAGAGGUGGAACUUGAAGAAGGACGAGGACUACAUCGUUACUCCCAACGGAGACAUGUUUGUAACGACUAAGCAGAGGAAAGGUCUCUUGGCACAAAUUCUGGAGGAAUUGCUAUCUGCCAGAAAGCAAGCCAAGCGCGAGUUGGCAGUAGAGAAGGACCCCUUCAAGAAGGCUGUGCUGAACGGUCGUCAGCUGGCCUUGAAGGUCAGUGCCAACUCCGUUUACGGUUUGACAGGUGCCACAAACGGCAAGCUUCCUUGCUUGGAGAUUGCCAGUAGUGUCACCAGUUUCGGUCGCCAAAUGAUUGAGAGGACCAAGAAGGAGGUGGAGGAGCGGUAUACUAUUGCCAAUGGCUAUUCUCACGAUGCUCAGGUCAUCUACGGUGAUACCGAUUCCGUCAUGGUCAAGUUCGGAACCAAGGAUCUUGCCGAGGCCAUGAAGCUCGGCCAAGACGCCUCGGAGUAUGUCUCGGGCAAGUUUGUCAAGCCCAUCAAGUUGGAGUUCGAAAAGGUCUACUUCCCAUACCUGCUCAUCAACAAGAAGCGUUAUGCGGGUCUCUACUGGACCAAGCCUGAGAAGUACGACAAGAUGGACACCAAGGGUAUCGAGACGGUUCGUCGUGACAACUGCUUGCUAGUCCAGACUGUCAUCGAGAAGGUUCUUAGAAUGAUCCUGAUUGACCAAGACGUCCCUGGAGCCGAAGCAUACGUCAAAGACACCAUCGCCGACCUCCUGCAAAACAAGAUCGACAUGUCCAAGCUAGUCAUUACCAAAGCCCUCACCAAAGAGAACUACGACGCCAAGCAAGCCCACGUCGAGCUUGCGCAGCGCAUGAAGAAGCGCGAUGCCGGCUCCGCUCCUGGGCUCGGCGACCGUGUCGCCUACGUCAUGGUGAAAGGCGCGGCGGGCUCCAAGAACUUCGAGCGCUCCGAGGACCCCAUCUACGUGCUCGAGCACAACGUGCCCAUCGACACAAAGUACUACCUGGACAACCAGCUGGCAAAACCGUUGGGCCGCAUCUUCGAGCCCAUCCUGGGUGAGACCAAGGCCAAGUCGUUGCUGACGGGUGACCACACCCGCGUCGUCUCGGUUGCGGCACCCACAGUCGGCGGCCUCAUGAAGUUCGCCAAGAAGACGCAGACGUGCAUGGGCUGCAAGAAACCGUUGACGGGCAAGGAGGAAAGUCAGGGUGCCGUCUGCGCAGACGAUGCGCCGAGAGUGGGCGAGCUGUACAAGAAGACGCUGGAUAAGGUGUCGGAUCUGGAAGUCAGGUUUGGCAGGCUCUGGACCCAGUGUCAGAGGUGCCAGGGGUCGAUGCACUGCGAGGUUAUCUGCAGUAGCAAGGAUUGCCCGAUUUUCUACAUGCGGAUGAAGGCCAAGAAGGAUCUGGAGGAUGCGAAUAAGGAGUUGACGAGGUUUGAUUUUGAUGCGGCUGCCAUGUGGUAA